CCCCUCAAUAACUGACCGGGAGCCAUAAAAUAAAAGAAUAGCAGCGCACACAUACCGCCCGCGCAAACACAGACAGCCACGGAUCAAACCCUCCUUCUCUGUUAAGAAAACGAAACCCUCUACCGACGCGUCGCGUCUCUUCUCUACUCUCCACCCAAUAAUCCUCUGCCACCACCUUUACGUAGCAGGUAGCCAGUUAGUCACAGAGGUUGAUCAUUCCUUCUCUUCUCCCUCUCUCUGACAUCACAACCAAAACAAGCUCUUCAAUCUCCCUCCCUCUCUCUCUCUCUCUCCCUCCCCAAAUCACUUUGAUUCUUUUGGGGAAUUUUUGCGACGAUGUCGAUGCUCGAUUCCUUCUUCAACAAGGGCUUCAAAGCUGCCAAAUGCAAAACUCUGCUGAAAUUGACGAUUCCGCGGAUAAAGUUGUUGAGGAACAGGAGAGAAAUUCAGAUUAGACAGAUGCGCCGUGACAUUGCCAAGCUUCUUGAGACUGGCCAGGAAGCUACAGCUCGGAUUCGGGUGGAGCAUAUUAUUAGAGAAGAGAAUAUGAUGGCAGCUCAGGAGAUCAUCGAGCUAUAUGCUGAGCUUAUUUCUGUCCGCCUUCCAAUAGUUGAAUCACAAAGGGAGUGCCCUCUAGACUUGAAAGAAGCAAUAUCCAGUCUGUGUUUUGCUGCACCAAGAUGCGCUGAUCUGCCGGAGUUGCUUCAAGUUCAAAUGCUAUUUGUAUCUAAAUAUGGGAAAGAAUUUGUAUCAGCUGCAACAGAGCUAAUGCCAGAUUGUGGUGUCAGUCGCCAGUUGAUAGAGCUGCUAUCUGUUCGGGCUCCUUCAGCUGAGAAAAAGCUGAAGCUUUUGAAAGAAAUUGCUGAAGAGCAUGAACUGGAUUGGGAUCCUGCUGCAUCUGAAGCUGAAAUUUUCAAACCGCAUGAGGAUUUGCUGAAUGGUCCGACACAGUUUGUCAGCGGGUCUAAGUUGCCGCUUCCCGAAGAAAAACAUGAUGAGACGUUGUACUGUGCACCUGAUCAAGCUCAGAAAGAACAGUCUGAUUCUGAUGAUGGUUUGGACGUUUUAGACUUUCCGGAAGUUCCGAAGGUAUCAUCAAGACCAACUGAGAGUAUACUCUCAGCACCAGCAAUGGCUCCACCUUUUCCACCCCCACCACACCCUGAUUUUGAUCACGAGUUAUCAAAAAAUUCUGAGGCGAUUGGACAUCCAUCCAAAGAGCCGUCCUUUGAGUCUGGAGAAGAAAGAGCAAUGGCAGACAAGCAUGAAUCUCAUGCUUCAGUUGGUCAUGGGGAUGAUGUACAGUUUUUGCCAUUUAUAUCUCCUCCAUCUCUUUCAUCUGCAUCGUUUCCUGUGAGACAAACGAAUCCACCACCACCCUCUCUUUCAAGAAGAAAAAGUGAGGUCAAUGUAGAUAUGCAAGAUGUGUCAGCUGCUGCUCAGGCUGCUGCAGAUUCUGCAGCGUUUCCUGUGAGACAAACGAAUCCACCACCACCCUCUCUUUCAAGAAGAAAAAGUGAGGUCAAAGUAGAUAUGCAAGAUGUGUCAGCUGCUGCAGAUUCUGCAGUGUUUCCUGUGAGACAAACGAAUCCACCACCACCCUCUCUUUCAAGAAGAAAAAGUGAGGUCAAUGUAGAUAUGCAAGAUGUGUUAGCUGCUGCUCAGGCUGCUGCAGAUUCGGCAGAACGUGCGGCAGCAGCAGCUCGCUCAGCAGCUAGUCUUGCACAGGUAAGAAUAAAUGAGCUGACCAAGAAAAACAAUGAAGAAGUAUCUGAAAGUAGCUGUGAAAACCCAUUUCAUGAAGACGUUCCUAAUCAGUCAGCUACUGGAGAAAAGUCGGAUUUUGAUCAUCAUAUCCCUGAUGGUGAUUCUAGUGGUGUUAUAAAUUCUCCAGAACCCCAUCAAGGCCAUGGAUAUGGCCGGGGAUCAGAGACAUCAAAUCUUUCGUUUAAGGACUCGGCUAAAGUGGAUUUUGAUUCCCCGCUUCCCAGCGAUAAUGUUUUUGAACACGAGCCAGCUCAUCACCAGCCUCAGAGAUUGACUUCAAUGGAUGAUGACCCAUACUUCUCGUACCCAAACUUAUUCACAUCAGAAAACAAUGUUGGAUCUGGUGCUCAGUCUUCUACAGAUAAUUCUCGCUUCUCGCAUGAACACUGAAUUGAAUAUUUUCCAUUUAAGCCUUUGCUCUUCAUCAUUUUCUCAUGUCUUGCUGGUCAUUGGAUAUGUUUAUCCUGUCAAAGAACAGUUGCUACAUAUAUGGUGUUUUUCAAUUAUUUGUAUAGCAGUGAUGUGUACUAUCAGAGAACUGUUGUUACAUAUAUGGCUGAGUUUGAGUUUUUGCUUCUCGUGUUGGGGAGGAUUUGGGUCUGCAAUGUACAAUAGUAUUCCUUCUGGAAAUGAAUAACUUCUUUCGUA